CUAUUUUCUUCCUUUCUAUCCCCUUUUCCCUUAAAAAUUUAACAAUAAUAUGGUACAAUCAUUACCAGCAGAGUCCCUUCAAGAAAUAUUUAAAUCUUUUAAAGAUGAUAUAAAAAUAUUACACUCAUGUUUAUUAGUGAAUAAAUUUUGGGCUAGUUGUGCAGUAUCUUUUUUAUGGAGUCGACCUUUCGAACUUUUAACUCGUCCAUCAAGUAAACUUAUCGAAACUUAUUCGAAAUUUUUCGAUAAAGAUUCUCAAAAAAUCUUAUCAUCUUACGGAAUUAUAAUUAUACCACCUCAAAAACCAACGUUAUUUGAAUAUCCUUUAUUCAUUAAAAGUCUUCAAUAUGAUUAUCUUUAUGAUUUUAGUUCUGUAUGGUUUCAAGAAGGGUUUAAUAAGGGUAUACAAAAACGUUAUGCGGGAUUUGAAAAAACAAGUAUAUUAAGAGUUUUUGUUAAGGAAUUAUUUAAAUUAAUGUUUAGUAAAUUUUCUAGUAUAGAAGAUUUAUCAUUUAACGUAAUAAGAUUCCUUGACGCACCGGAUAUAGCUGGUAGUAGAUUGGUUAGUAGAUUUAGACCAUAUAGGGAUGCAUCAUACGUUAAAAGAGCUUUAGAAUAUUUAUCAUUAUUUGAAGAAGAUAUAAUUGAAAUACUUUCUUUUGAAGAUUCUAAAAUUUCUUUAAAAAGAUUACAAACAUUAGAAUGUGGAGCGAAUAGGAAUGAUAUCGUUAUAUUGGAUACAUUCAGGAAUUUAACAAGGUCCAUUAAUACUCUAAAAUUUAAUUUUGCAUCAGAAUUAAGUAAUCAUAACGUUUAUGAUGAUGCUAAUAUAAUCUGUUCGAUUACAAAUCUAAUUAAGGAACAAAGAUAUAUAAAGAAAGUUAGUAUACGUCAUGGAACUCAACAUGUUUUUGGAUUAGUCACAGCGUUGGAAUGUCAUGUUAAUAAUCUUACUGAAUUAUCAUUUGAUAAGAUUGAUUUUAACAUAAUACCGACAGCAGAAAAAAUAUUUUCUAUAAUUUCUUUAUGUGAAAAUUUAAAAAAAUUAGUUGUAACAAAUUGUGAAGGGAUAACUAACGAAAUAAUUUUACCACUCGGUAAUGCGACAUUUAUUAAUUUAGAAACGCUCAUAUUUACAAAGACGCAUAAUCCUAUAGAUGAUAUUUUUAGGGCUUUCUUAAUAGGAGUUCCACGACAGAAUAAUAUCACUCCUUUAACACUUGAACCAUUAAAAAAUCUUAUAAGUACAAAUGGAAAUUUAAAGGUUUUACGUUUAGGUAGAAAUUUACUUUAUAGUAGAGAUUUACCAAAUGAUUUCGUUUUUUCAACAACUUAUCCACCGGUGGAUGUGAUGGAGUCGGCAACAUCAUGCUGUCGUAAUUUAACACUUAUCGAAAUUCAUAUUAGGAGAGAAAUAUUACCUCAGGUGCUUAAGGUCUUGGAAUCAAAUUGUCAAUUAAAUCGUUUGAUCUUCUCUGCAGAAAUGGAAUUAGUUGAUGAUGAACGUUUUUGGAGAAAAUUGUCAACUUCUCUUCCAAUUAGUUUAAAAGAUUUAACCAUUAGUAUUGGACCAGUGUUUUGGUUGAUGGUAUUACAUUGGUUAUUUGAAAAUAUGAAAUGUAAAUUGGAAAUUUUACAAUUUCCUUUAUCCAUCUUCAUUGAUGAUGAAUAUCUUUGUAUUAUUACUCAAUACGCUAAACUAAUGGGAUCUUUAAAAAGAUUGGCUUUACAUAAUAGUAAUAGGAUCACUCAAAAAGGACUAUCUAAAGCGCUCCUCGUAAUUGAAACUAUUACAAAUACUGGUGAAUAUAAUUAUUAAAAUAGAUAAUAAUUUUACGCCGAAUUCUCCAAAAAAAAAAAAAAAA